CUGACACACAGCUCACAGCAGCAGGAGAGAGAGAGAGAGAGAGAGAGAAAGGGCACAGCGCGCGCUCUCCGCUCCAGCAGCCUGUCGCAGCCCGCGCGCGCGCGGAUCACUGAGCGGUUCAGGACUGAUUGAUGGAUUCACUACGGGUUUUAUUGGCUGCGCGUGCUUCCCGCAACAACAGCGGAACGAUAUCCGUGCAGUGCUGAUCUGCGCGCGGACAGUCCGGCCGGAGAGAGGGAUACAAGAGAGAAAUAGAUAGAGAGAGAGAGGAUGGUGAAGAUGAUGAAGAUAAAGAAGUUACUCUGAGGACUGUGGGACUUUUUGACUGACACCACAAUACCAAGAUCUCAUGGAGUGAUAUCUGACAAACCACAAAAACAAAGUUGAGUGCCUGAAGCUGCACUCAGAGCCUCUCUGUCUGUGGGCAUGGUCCACAACCAGCAGUCUGUGAAGACCAACAUGUCUGAAGAGAUAAUCAACUGCACCAUCCAACACCAGAUCCACCAGUACCUGUUCUUCAGCACCUACAUCCUGGUCCUGCUGGUGGGUCUUCCAGCUAACGCAUACUCGCUCUACCACGCCUGGCUGCAACUAAGAGCCCGGAACGAGCUUGGGGUCUACCUCAUCAACCUGACCGUGUCGGACCUUUUGUACCUGGCCUCCUUGCCCCUUUGGCUGCAGUAUUUUUUUCAGGGUGACGACUGGCAGUAUGGCGAGUGGGUGUGUCAGCUUUGUGGCUUUCUGCUCUACGAAAACAUCUAUGUCAGUAUUGGCUUUCUCUGCUGCAUCUCCAUUGACCGCUACCUGGCCGUGGUCUACCCACUGCGCUUUUCCUCCCUCCGCACUAUGAAAGCAGCAGUACUGGCUAGCACCAUAGUGUGGCUCAAGGAGAUAGGCAUGGGCGUGGUAUUCUUUGCCCACAAGGAACUGAGCAGAGACCCAUCCAAUCAUUCAGUGUGCUUUGAGCACUACCCAAUGCAGUCAUGGGAAAAGCCAGUCAACUUUUACCGCUUCUCUGUAGGCUUCUUGUUCCCCUUAGCAAUCUUGUCCUUGUCCUAUUUCCGGGUGCUGCGGGCGGUGGGCAAGAGUGCUGGGACACAGACGGCCCAGAAGACCCGCAUCAAAAACCUAGUGACCAGCACCAUCAUCAUCUUUCUGGUGUGUUUCUCACCAUACCACAUUUUCCUGCUUGUGCGGACAAUCUUUGAGAAGGACUGCAACUUUAUUGUGAAGAUCUUCAACUACUACCACUUCUCGCUGCUGCUCACCAGCUUGAACUGUGUGGCCGAUCCGAUGCUCUACUGCUUUGUGAGCGAAAGCGCACAGCGGGGAAUCCAGCAGGUCCUGGAGGCCUGCGCCCACACCCUCUGCUGUUGUAAAUGUGAGGGCAGCUACAAUACGAACUCCAAUGGAGCGGCUGCACCCAACGACAAUGCCGCGGGCACCUCAGGGGUGACACUGCUGCACCAGACCAAAAAUGAAAUCUGAGAGCUUGUAUUUUUAACAGGACUUUUUGUCAAACUCCUGGGAGUUCAGGGGGAAAGUGAGCAAGAGGGAGUUAGUAUGGGUUUGAUUUGUGAUGAGAACAACUGUUAAACCUUAACUUACUGCUUUAAGCCGUGCUAGGCUUAUAUGUUUCCUAGGCUCAUCUUAUUCUGGAUCUGAGUGAUUUAUUUGGUAAUUCUGUAGUGUUUGUGGUGUACUCUCAGGGACUGCUGCCUUGACAAUAACUGACGGGUGACAUUUGAGGUUUGAGGGAGGAAUUGGCCUUGCACUCUAAGUCGCGCCAGCUUUUUUUAAAACAUCAAUUCUAAAAACAUUUCCAAGACUGAAGCCAUUACUAAGCUCAAAAGAAGAAAGCUACAAUAUAGAUGUCCGAUACUUCAACAAAAUAUUUACUUAUUGUGAACAGAACUGACAUGAACCUAAAGAGACAAUGGGAGCUAGCCCUGGAGGCCAGCUAAGUGCGUUUCUGCAGUAUACUGAAUAAAAUUCAAUGAUGAACGUGCACAGGAUGGGCGUGAAAGGCCAGGCCAGUUCAAGAGGUUCACCAUUGUUUUUUGAAUGUUAAAUGCAUUGUAAUUUAAUGUUUAAGAUUCAAUCCGAGUGGAUAUGAAGUGCUUUGUGGAAAUGGUUAUAUUGACUGGAUUAAGAGCCACUGCUAUUUAGAACCACUUUUAAAAUUUUUUUUAUCUAAAGUGGCAGUAGAGAACAAUUGCUGUCCACCUUAGAAGUUUGUACUUACGACUCUGGAGCUCAUUUGUUACAAGUUGAUUUUUGUUUAAGUAGUUUUGGUCAGAAACAACAUGAACUUUUCAAUUCAAUUUCAAUUAUCGCAAACAAAACAAACUAACAGAGAGUACAGCAUGAUCAUUGUGUGAGUAAUAUUAUGCAGUAAUAAGUAUUAGUAGUACUUAUCUGUUUUUUACAGGCUAAGAAAUAGACUGCAGUUGCUGUUAAAUUUGUGUUUUUCACUGAUAUGCAACUCUGAAAAAUUCUAGUUUUCAACUGGUAUAUAUGACAAGACACUACUUACAGGCAGACAAUAUCUGGAGUAGGAAUGUGGUAAAACGUGGUACUGAAUUAUAGGUUAUUGUGACAUCCCGAGUCUGUAAUGAUCCUCAUGGCAUUUUAUAUAAAAAAAAACAUUUAACCAGACAAAGAUCAAUUCAAAUUGUUCUAUAGCUUUCCUAAAGAACUCUUAAUGAACCCUUUUUAAGGAUAUAUCCAACAGAAUUGUUCACAGUGGUGAUAACAGAAUACAUUUCAAUCCUCCAUUGUGGGAAACACAUGUGAACUUCAAAAGUGGUAAAGAUAGAUAGAAGAAAUCCUUGAAGUUCCAUCUGUUAGAAUAAAGAGGGUGAACUGAGGUUCUUGAGGCAGAGUGCAGCUGUUGUGUCUGUGGUGUGUAGAAGUGUGUAAGUGUGUAUGUGUAUGUUGUCCUUCAGCUCAGCAAGAUUCACUAAAACAAGUGAACAAAAUUAGAGGGGGCAUUUUUUUCUGUUGUUUUCUCAUCCACAGUAUGUUUACACUAGAUUAUACAGUACAUGUUUAUGCAUGUUUUAAACUGUAAGUUAUUCAUGGUAUUCAGAGUCAAGACUGUAUUUUUAUACAUUCAUAUAAUGACUGAAGGUCAGAUUUCAGGUAUACUGUUAUAGUUUAUAUUGUACGUUUAUCAAUGUUUUGUUGAAUGUGGUGCUCAAGCACUACUUAAAAGACGUUUCCUGUUAAUGUAUAAAUUCAGUUUUGUGGACUAAAAUUCAGUUUUGUGAUUGUUCAUUAUUUAUAUUAACUGCUCAAAUUCAAAUAUUUCUAUGAAUAUGAAUUGCAUACAUGGCCUUGGGUAAUAAUUGUCUCAGCUAAUUCAGGAGAGAUCAAUUAUGAUAAGAUUCUGGUAAGAUUAUUAAAGCAGCUAUGCUUUUAUCUUUUAAUAAAACAUUAAUGUUUUUACAUUGUAGGAUAAGCAACAUAACCUAACAUUCUGCAAACAACACUUUUACAAUCACUAAUACUACAAUCAGUGUUGGACCAGGGCUAUUAGACCUAGACUAUUAGGGCCAUAAAACCUAAAAUGUUAAGCUAACAGAAAUGCUAAAUGAAGCUAGCUACCUUUUAUUUAAAAUCUGAAACAGAUAUUUGAAAAAUAUAUAUUUUACCUUGUAUGUAGUUAUCAGUUUACCAGGGACUUCUUCAGUUAGGAUGACUGAUACAGAGAUUUCCAUCCCAACUCCACUCAGUGAAUCCUGGUUCCACUACAUCUUGCUUU